AUGACGGAACAACAGCAACUACCACAAGGGCCAGGAGAUGUAUACAUGCCAAACAAACCUGUCGACAUCGGAAAAAAACCUGAAGCUGCGAUGAAGUGUCUCCAAGAUGCGAUCAGAUUACUUAACAAGGCGCUUGCCGAAGUAGACGAUCCCCUGACCCGCUGGUUGGCUGCGAAGAACACACAACCUCGCAGUCACAGGGUGGAGAAGAAGACAAAACGCGAGAAGAAAAGACUUCAGGUCCUGUGGUAUGAUUUGCAUCGCGACGUCGACAAUAGAGCUCAGCUAUUCUAUAGAGAAUACGGCGAUGAUGAUGAAUUUGUCGUUAAUAUCAUUGGCCAAAUCAAGGACGACAUGACCAAGGCCGCUUCCGAUGAACCUUCCUCUUGCACGAACCAAGAAGAUAUAUCGCCUUCUUUAGAAAAGCUUGGAGAUAUCAAGGCCAAAUGGGCCAACCACUAUUUCAUUCAGAUCCUUGGACAUUAUUCUUCGGGUAGAUAG